GCGCUGGAGGAAAGGUAGCUUGGCGUUAAAACGUCCCUUGAUUAAAUCUCGACCAGAACGAAUUGUCUGUUGAGUGUUUUCGCACUGAUAUCAAUUUACUUUUUCGCUCGGGGGAACGAUAGAUAUAAUCACAUAAAUAAAGGGAAUAUCUCGUUUUUAUUCCGCGUUUUCCCCGAGAUCCCCAGUGAAGUGGUUUUAAAACGAGCAGAUUGUGAUAAUUUACGAGGGUAUAUUUUAAGGAGACAGAGAUACUCGCACAAUAUACAUCACUUUUUCCCCACAGCGUCUCUGUCCGAGAUUUACGCGAGUGACACUUCUAACAGGUUGCUUUUAACUAGGACGUUUGCUCUUGCCCUUUUUUUAUAACGAGGAAAGAGAAAUCAUGGGAGACAGAGAGAGAGAGAGAGAGAGAGGGAGGAGGGAUCGUACGAACAGGACGCACCAUCUUUGGCGAACCGGUACCGAGCUCAACGUCACGCGCGGAGGAGCAGAUCUCGAGCAGCGCGAAUAAAACUGUAUCGGUCGACGAUGAUAAAGGACUAUUGGACUGGUUGCUCGAUGCUGUGGUGUCAAAGCCACCGAUGAUCACUGAACCGCCGCAACCGAUAGAUCAAGCAACGUGUCCAAAGUGCGCUUGCGGCUUGGUAAGUAAGCAGAAUCGUAUCGUCGGAGGAGUCGAGACCGAGGUCAAUCAGUAUUCUUGGAUGGCCAUGUUGACAUAUAACAAACAAUUUUAUUGCGGUGCUUCGAUCAUAAACUCGUUAUAUGCGAUAACUGCUGCCCACUGCAUCAACAGAUUCGAUCCGAAACUGAUGAUGAUCCGGAUAUUAGAACACGAUAGGAAUUCGACUACUGAGAGCGAAACGCAGGAGUUCAAAGUGGAGAAGGUGAUCAGACACAGCGGUUACUCGACUGUGAAUUACAACAACGACAUUGCGCUCAUUAAGCUCAAGAGGCCCAUCAAGUUCGAGGGCAAGAUGCGGCCAGUGUGUCUUGCGGAAGCAGGGAAAACUUAUACCGGUUCGCAAGCGAUCGUGACUGGGUGGGGUGCUAUCGUAGAAGCUGGGCCGGUGUCGCAGACCUUGCAGGAAGUUACCGUUCCAAUCAUUUCGAACGGCGAAUGUCGUUCUAUGAAUUAUCCGUCGCGCAGGAUCACGGAUAACAUGCUGUGCGCCGGUUACAGCGAGGGCGGCAAGGACUCCUGUCAGGGAGACAGCGGCGGUCCGUUGCACGUGGAGGAGAAUAGCAUCCACCGGCUGGUCGGAAUCGUAUCCUGGGGCGAAGGAUGCGCCAAGCCCGGCUAUCCCGGAGUUUAUACCAGAGUGAAUCGAUACAACACGUGGAUCGACCAGAACACGAAGGAUGCUUGUUACUGUCAAUAACAACAAUUUUUGUACGCAGACUGACGUAUUUAUUUUAUUUAUGUGAAUUACACGUGUAAUAAUAAUAUAUCGC